AUGGAAUUCGAAACCAAUGCCUACACCUCUCUUCCUCCUCGUCGUAGAUGGUGGUCACAGCCAAUAGUGACCAUGCCGGCAAGUCAUGAUCGUAAAGCCACUUUCAAGGAAAGAGCAGUUUGCUUAACACCAUGUUGCGGCGGUAUAUUCACCAUCAUCGCCCUAAUGGUAUAUUUCUUUCUCCUUGACAAUGCUCAAUGCGACGCCAAGUUCUCAAUCCAAUCCAUCGCCGUCUCUCCUUCAUCUGACACAUGGCACGUUGAGUUCCUCGUCAAAAACCCUAGCUCCAGGUAUUCUAUCUACUACGGAGGCGAUGAAACUGCCGUGAGUCUUGGUGCCUUAAACGCUGCCGUUAUAAAUACUUUUUACGCACGAAAGUCUCCACGUCACACGGCUUUCUCUGUGGAUUUCGUUGCCGAGGGAAAUCCAAACGACGUUGUUUCAGAAGAUUUAGAUAUCAAAUUAAGGGCUAAGCAUUUGAGUUAUUACCGUGCCUACUCUGAUAUCGCUGGACAUAUUCAUAUUAGGUGUCAUAAUCUAACCCGAAUCCAUGAUAACGUUAAGAACAUCCAAUGUCACACUUCUUUCACAAACAUUAAACAGCUUUUUGCCGAUUCCGUCUCCGUCUCAAACGCAAACGUUUCAACCGCUGAUUUACGGGUUGGUUUCGUUGCGAGGAGUCCAGUCAGCGGCUGUAAAAUCUCUAUACAUGCACUCAAUUCGCGUUUACUUAGAGGCAUCGAUGUUAUCUCCAAUUCAUCAUCAACUCCCUCCUCGUCGGAUUAUUUAAGCAAGGGAGACAAAACACAUGUCGUUUUCGAGAAGGUGGUUUUGUCGGAAGCUAUUAAUGGACGUGGCGUGAUUUGGAAUAUUCGGGUUGAUGAGGUUAUGUUGGCAACUUAUAUAGGUUCUCAAGAUUUCAUUGACUUUUUGGUGGCUGCUUGUCCCGCUAUUCCGGUGAAAUUCACGACGGAUCUGACCGGGAAAGUGAAAGGAUCGUUGCUUGGGAACGUGAGACGGUGUGAUUAUAAGUUGGCUUAGUUAGUUCUCUCCGACUUCGAAUCUAUUUUUCUUUUUUUUUUGUUGGCUUUAGAUUAUUAUUAUUUUUAUUUCUCGGCAUUAUUAUUU